AUGCCUGCGACAGAACUCCCCAGUCCUGCGUUCCCGAACGAGCCCAAGGGAAAUGCAGGUGCUACCCCGCCAGGCCAAGUCCUGACCGGAAAACAAGAACACUACCUCAAGCGCGAGCUCAUUGCCCGUGAAGUCCGCAGCGAGAUCUCCGAGCUCAACUCCCCCACCGCAUUGCAACGAUUUGGCGCCCCUUUUAGAUCGGACUUUGGCGAGGUCGCUCCCGUCGAUUCGGAGCUUCCUAUCCUUCGGUACAUCUUUGUUAAUCACAUUCGCAACUUCCCGUUCCUCGAUCAAGCGCGCGAGAAGGAGUUCUGGCAGGACAAGCUACAAGUCUUUUUGGAAUCAUUUGCCAACAAACAUGUCUCGUCAUCGGAAGAUCGACUCGAGGAAACAAAGCGAAGGAAGCUGGCGCGGAAAUGCGAGAAGCUUGUGGAGCUCAUGAUGGUUUCGGGCGUGCCGACCGCGUCGGGAUACGAGGAGCGUAUUCAGUUCUCGGAGAUGGAAAUUGUGGAACGUGGUGCUCAGGAGUCGGGCUUGCUGGCUAAUAUUCCCGAGGGUAAUCUAAUUAAUGGGUGGGAUGUGAACGUGGCUGCUGUUCGAACCACCUCCGUCAAGCGGACAGUGCGGUACCACCAACAUGCUGAAUUCAUUCUUCGAGUUCGCCAUGGCGACAAAGGCGAGAUUCAUGUUGGGAGGAGAUAUGGAGAGUUCGUCAAGCUUCACAGGAGACUGAGCACCGAAAUGCCAGGAAAGCACCUCCCUCCUCUGCCACGGAAGAACAAGUCCUCCACCUCUAGUUGGUGGGGCUCUUCUGCCGAUGACGACGCUUCGUCUCUUUCGUCCAUUUCUACGCAGGACGCAAGUGCCCCCGAGGAUCGGCCUGAUCGACUUUCUGCACCAACUCUCGCCCCAGGCAAGCUCCGGCGAUCAAUCUCCAAAGCGUCGAUGCGAUCAACGAAGUCGCCUCGCGGUUCGACUAGCGAUGUGUCAAGAGAGACUGUUCUGUACCGGGAGGAUCAGCGUGUGUCGCUGCGCGCCUUUCUACGUACUGUAUUGCAAAACAAGCGCAUAGCUGAAUCCAAGGCGGUGGAGGAAUUUUUGACUGCUCGUCCCAUUCAGUUGAACGAGGAAGAAAUGGCUGACGUUUGGAAGCGGAAAGAAAUGGAUGCCGUUAGAAUCGAAGAACAAAAGAGGUUUUACGAAAUUGCUAGGCAGCGAGCAGCAGAGCUCGAUGUGUACAUGGAGCAGUUCCGGCGAGAUAUUGUGGAGAACAAUGGAUUGACAAAGCUCUUCGCGGAGUUCCGGGAGAAGCCCUCAAUUGAGGAACUCAGCCCGCAAUAUCAGAAAUUUGUUGAGUGGCUCCGUAUCGAAAUCGCUGCAACGAUUUACCACUUGUUCCUGGCCGAGGAUAACUCUCCUGAAUUGUUCGCACAGGCGAAACGAAUCCACGGUCUCGUUCCAUACACCUUGAUGAAGAAUGUGAUCCGCAUUGCCAACCCUGCUGCAGUCAUGUCUGGUGUUCUUGACCUGUUCAUGGCCCAGCCCUUCGGCUCACGGUCACUCUUGCAACGUAUUUUCUCGUUGACGCUAAAUGACAGCAUCAAAGAUUUCCAGAGAUCAAUCGACUCUCUAGCCUCGAAGGUUGAAGAUACAACUCUCACCCAGAAGCUCAAGUCCUUUGCCGAUUCCGCGGAGGAAAUCAAGAAUGAGAUUCGAGAAGAGGCCGCUGCUGACCAGGUUGACAUUAUUGUGGCCAUCCUUCGCUCCGACCUCAUAUCCCCUGAACUCAACCCGGAGCAGAUUGGCAAGGUUUUCAACGGCUACGUGGCUUGGAAUCAUGCCGUGGAAAAUGUAGACCUGGAAAUGCAACAGGGUGCCCAAUGGUUCGCUCACAUGAAACAGCUCCUGAAGCUCUACACGCGCCAACGCGAUAAGGCGAUGAUGAUGAGCAUUGUCGAGGAGCCAGUCACAUUGCAGCUUUUCCGCGAUCUGUUCACUAUCUUCUAUGAGCCGCUGGUCCGAGUCUACAAGUCCGCCAACGUAUACAGCAGUAUUACCGACUUUGCCCUAUUUGCCGAUGAUGUCAUUGCUGUCAUUGAGAGUGCCCAACGCCACGAUGCAUCGGCCGAUCCCAACCAAACAGUACAAGCCUUCAUUGAUCUGUGCGCUCGCCACGAGGCCAACUUCUAUAAGUUCAUCCAUGAAGUGCACCAGCACGAUAAUGGCUUGUUCCAAUCUUUGAUGGGUUGGAUCGAGGAGAUCCUUGACUUCUUACGCAACGGUCCUACCGGUGGUAAGAUGGACAUCAACGCGUUGUUCCAAGGGGCUGUUGGUGUUGGCCAAAUCAACAGAGAUCUUGCCCUUGCGGAAAUUGAUCAACUUAUCAAGUGGCAAGAAGAUCGGAAACGCUGGCAUCUGAACAAGACUCGCCAGAAGAUGGCAGCUGAAGGUACCUCCGGAGAGGCUAUUCCGGGCACUGCGACUUUCAAGGGCAGUGAUUUCGGUCUGGAUGAGGCAUGCUUUCCCACAAAUUCGACCCUGAAGAGAGAAUACAAAGCUAACCGCGAUUUUCAGGCUGAUCUGGAGGAUCUCACUAUAUCCGAUGAAGCAUCUGAUGCCUCGGAUGAAGAUAGUGGGGACGAAGAAAUGGACGACCCUAUUGCUGUUGAGCGCCGCCGGCGGACAAAGAAGCAAGACCAGCUUCGCCGUACCGCAGGUGAACCCGUCAAGCCCGAGGUUACAGAGAUCCUCAAGCUCGCUGAUUCGUUUAGUGUCAUGUUGCGGCAUGUCCUUGCUGGUUAG